AUGGUUACCAGACAGGCGUCGCAUCCCAUAAGGACUGCGUCCCCGCGCGGCAUCCUCUCGCCACCCCGCGCACACUCUUCUCGCCUCCCCGCGCGCGCUUUUCUUGCCUCCCCGCGCGGCCUCCUCUCACCAUCCCGCGCGUGCUCCUCUCGCCUCCCCUCGCGUGCUCCUCUCGCCUUCAUAGCGCGCGAAUCUCUUGCCUCCCCGCGCGGCCUCCUCUCACCUCGUUGCGCGUCCUCCUCUCGCCUGCCCCACGCGUGCUUCUCUCGCCUCCCCGCGCGUGCUACUCUCGCCUCCCCUCGCGUGCUCCUCGACCCCCCCCCCGCGCGCGCGGCUCUUGCCUCCCCGCGCAUCCUUCUCUCGCCUCACCUUGCGUGCUCCACUCGCCUCCCCGCGUGUGCUCUUCUCUCCUCAUCUUUCGGCGUGACCGCGCCACCGCGCGCGUGCGCCUCUCUCCAUGCCUUGCGUAAUCUAUCGCCUCCCCGCGCGUGCUCUUCUCUCCUCACGUUGCUUGCUUCUCUCGCCUUCCCAUGCGUGCUCCUCUCUCCUCACCCUGCGUGCUCCUCUCGCCUCCCCGCGCGUGCUCCUCUCUCCUCACCUUGCGUGCUCCUCUCGCCUCCCUGCGCGUGCUCCUCACCCUCUCCCCCUAUCCAUCCUGAAACGUCGUCGUGCCUCAUUGCGACGGUUGCGUUCACCACUCCGCGACCACCCACUUUCGACGUAUGCGUGUCCCCACCACUCCCCACUAUCCUGACAGGGGCCCCGACGUUUCCUCACUCGGGAAGCCCGUGCACACGCCCACGUUUCUCCUCCCUGCGCGCCCUCCUUUCUCGUAAGCCCGUGCGCCAUCCUCUCGCCUCCCGCGUGCGCUCUUCUCGCCUCCUGCGCGGCAUCCUAUCGCCGCCCCGCGCGCGCUCCUCUUGCCUCCCCGCACGUCCUCCAUUCACCUUGCGUGCUCCUCUCUCCUCACCUUGCGAAGCUCCUCUCUCCUCACCUUGCGUGCUCCUCUCGCCUCACCUUGCGUGCUCCUCUCUCCUCCCCUUGCGUCCUCCUCUAUCCUCACCUUGCGUGCUCCUUGCGGAGAUUCACUCUACAACGGUAGUGAGCUAG